CGAGCGCGCUACCAGCCAAAAUGGCGGCGCCCGUUGGCGCGGGGUCCCGUCCGUAGUCCCGUUGCCUUACGAACCCCGUUCCAAAAUGUGAAAGAGAAACGGCCGGUGGAGGGGGAUCAUAGGCAAUGAGUCGGCGAAGGAAACAUGGGGAUAGCCCCGGCCUGAAGAGCACGCCGCGCAAAGCGGCUGAGGACUGCAGCUCGGUGGUCGAGCCAGGGAAGAGGCGGCUGAGGGCGGCCCGCGGCUCUGGGCUCCGCGGGGCCGGAGAGGGACCUCCCGUGCCCCAGCCGCAGCAAGAGCAGCCUCCGGCAGCCGCUACGUGCGGUAAAAGUAACCCCGAGGAAAGGUAUGAAACCCCAGAGAGAGUGCUGAAAAUGGACUUACUGUCAUCUGCCUUCAGUUCUCCUAAUGAUCCAGAUGGACUGAAUGAUAUCUUUUGGGAUCAAAAUUCUCCAAUGACAAAACAGUUAGGUAAAGGAAGAAAAAAACAGAUUUACAUCACAGAUAGUGAUGAAAUCUCACAUAUUGUUAACCGUAUUGCUCCUCAGGAAGAAAAACCAACAGCUAACUCCAUGCUGGGAAUGUGGAUUGGUGAAACAGCUAUUCCUUGUACCCCUAGUGUAGCAAAGGGAAAAUCAAGAGCAAAAAUCAGCUGUACAAAGUUAAAAACACAAAAUCGAGAAGAAGAACUUAUGAAACUGGCAAAACAAUUUGAUAAAAACAUGGAAGAGCUAGAUGUGAUUCAGGAGCAGCACAGGAGAAAUCAUGAUUUUAUCCAAACAAUUUCUGAAGCAAAAAAUUUAAAUAAUUAUGAAGAUAAUGUACAAAUGCAGUUAUAUGAAAUAGGUCCUGAAGUAGAUAAUGCUAUACUAAAGAAGAAACCAACUAAAGAAAACACCAAGAUACCUGUGGUGAAUGAUCAGAAUAGUAGUCAGAAGCCAUUUGACCAGAAUGCUGAAGCAGCCUUUAAUGCCAUUUUUGAUGGUUCUACUCAGAAAUGCAGUGGACAGUUAAGCCAGGAUGUGUCACAUACUUCUUUGAACACCAGUAAUACUAUCUUUGGAAAGAAAAGUGUUUUGAAAAAGGAAAAUAUUGCUAAUGAAACUCUGGUCACUGAAAAGCUGGCAAAUAAAACCCCAGGAUCACUUUCUCAUCAAAUAGAUACUCCCAUAAUACAAUCAUGUGUGACUUCCUACACUAAGAAGGAAGAAGCUUUUAAUAAACAUAUUGAUGGAUUUACUACCAGUGAUUUUGAGGACAACUGGGAAAACUUACUAGCUAAUGAACCUAUUGCUUUGCGAAACAUCAAAGUGCCUGAACUUUCCCCUGUGUCUGAAACAUCCCAGAUUGCUGAUCAAAAGGGAAUUUGUAACUUUAACAAUAAAAAUGAUAAAAGUAAGUCAAUACUGACUGAUAUAAAUCUCGAUGCCAGGUUAAGAGAUCCAAAAAAUUUACAAGAUGUUUCUUUACAGACACGUAACAGUGAAUUAACAUGUGAUGGAAAAUAUAGACUUUCACCAAAUCCAAAUGAUAAACCAACCAUAUUACAUUCCACUGGAAAUAAAAUGAAAUUUGAGAAAUCUUUCAAUAAAAUUAUUGUUCAAGACAAGUUUCAAGAUUGUACAAUUGCAUCUAAUCUAACGAAAGUAAAGGAAGAUACACACACUAAAUUUAUUUCUAAUGUAAAUGCUUCUAAGAACUCUACUCUAAACACAAGAUAUUCUCAUGAUCAAAAUAAUAAGACGAGUGUUAGUCAGUCUUUUAAAGCAACUGCUAUUAAAGAUCCUUUUGACUCUGCAACUUUGGACAACAUAACUAGUGUUCAGAACCCAAAUCAGAAUAAUACGUCCAAGUUAGGCUCUUUCUUUGAUGAUUGGAAUGAUCCAUCAUUUGCCAAUGAAAUUAUUAAAGCAUGUCAUCAAUUAGAGAAUAAUUGGGAAGCAGAUGAUGUAGAUGAUGAUUUAUUAUACCAAGCAUGUGAUGAUAUUGAAAAACUAACUCAGCAACAAGACAUUAAGAAGGACAGCAAGAUGUCAGAAGGUAUACUUGAGAGCCUUAACAGUUGCAAACAUGAAGCCAGAAAUAGGUUUACUAUAUCUAAACAAGGAAGUCAGUUGGUGCAAUCGCAGCAUUUGAAUCUGAGCAGCAUUUCAGUGCAAACAUCUUCCUUGACAAAUAGCCCUCAAAUAAAUAAAUCAGUGAAGACAGAGAAAAGGGAAGUUUGUGGAAAUUCUCCAAGUUUUUUAGGUGCUACAACAAAUUUGACUAUAUACCCUAAUAACUCAACUUGUCAAGCAAAUAAUUUGCACAUGUCUUGGAAUAACACUGGUGUUCCAAUAAAAGCGAAUAGUUCCAAAUUGGUUCUUACAAGAAGUUCGAGUUUGAGUUCAGAUCACAUGCGUACAGAAAUGGCUUCUAAUAAGAAGAAUUUGAAUAUUCAGAAUCUGUCUUGUCAGACCGUAACAGAUGAAGCUCAGAGCGACCUUAAUAGGCCAGUUGGAUUUUCUAAGUAUACCUUUACAAGAAUGAAGAAUUCUCAACUUCUUUCUCAGUUUAAUCAAAACUGUAGAACAGGAAGUAUUUCUGAUACCAAAAUUGCACAGGGUUUAGAGAAAAAUAAAAUUGUCAACCCAUUAUGUGGGGAUGCUAUUAAACAGCAAUCUUCGGUGAAACUUUCUGAAUCUUCGAAACAACCAUCAAAAGAGGAAGAAGAGAAAAAUAGAAAGUAUUCUCCUGAAGAAAUUCAGAAAAAAAGACAAGAAGCACUGGUUCGAAGAAUGGCAAAAACACAGGCGUCAUCUGUAAAAGGAGCUCCCACUUGAUUCCUUUACUGAAAUAUUAGUUGGAAGACUUAACAAAGACAGUUGAUAACUAUCUAUGAUAGGAAAUAUUUCUUUCUUGAUUUCUCUGUGAGAAAUUGAAUGCUGCUAUAAGCAUGGACUUGUUUAUUUAAUAAAUCAGUGUUUGCAAUGAUCAGUGAAACCUUUCCUUGGAUAUAUAUGUGAAAGUAAUUACAUAUAAAUUUACAAAGUUCAGGAAAGCUAGCAAUUAUAUACCUAGAAUACAGAGGAAAGUAGUUAUAUUUUUAAAUACUAUGAUUGGAGAGGAUCAUCCAAAACCAGGUGACCUACUUAAUUUUUUAUUGUAAUAAACCUGUUCUGAGUAUGAGCUUCAGUUACUAAGUUUAACAGCCAUUUUUAUAUUUUAUUUUCAAUAACUUUCUUUAGAUUUUUAUACAUAUCUGAAUUUUACUUAAUACUUCCAUAUGCUUAGGAACAUGGUUGGUAGGAAAUAAAGGACUUCAGUUUAUUUAUAAAGUACUACUCAAUUCCUAGUAUGAAAUAGAUUUGAAUUUGAAUUUUCUAAAACACGUGUUUGGAAGCUUUCUACCAUUUUUAGUAAAAUGCUUAGAAGUCCAGAGAAAAGAAAGUGGAUUGACUAUAUAAGUUAUGUAACAUUAACAUUUAGAGCUCUUAGAAACUUCAGAUACCAAAAGAAAAAGAGAAACAUCAGAUAUCUUGUUCAGCAUUUUUAUUAUAUAGAUUUAAAAAAAGUGAAUACUGUUAUUUUGAAAGUCACAGGCAAGUUAAAACUGGGAUUAAAAUUAUUUGUAUAAUUAGACAAUUAUACUAUUUGCUUCAGAGUAUUAAUUAGUAUGUAAAACAACUUGUUUGUGGGAGUAUUAAUUAUUUUGUAAUAUCAAAAGUUAAAACACAUUAAGGACUGUUUAAUAAUAAUGUUCAUCGUUUCUUGUAUUAAAAAUUCAUUCCAGGAUUAAAAAUGAGAAUUUUUUUUUUUUUUUCAGUUUUUCUAUUAGCUUUGUAAUUUUUCUCUUGACUGACUCACUGAGUUUACUAAUCUGUUACUUCCCCGCACCCCCUUUUUUGCCUGUUUGGACUUACUAAGCCAGAAAAAGAAAUUUAAGCAGAAGUCAUAAGGCAGUAAAGAUGGUCUGUUCAUCACAGAUGACUUUUGAUGACCUGAGAAAGCUUCUAGAUGUGACUUACUUAUCAUAGUAUUCACCACUAUUAAUAUGUCUUAGGGUACCCAAUAUAGCAAAUAUUCUAGAAAGAAAGUACAUUGUAUUUUUAUUUAUACAAUGGGGUAACAGAUAUUAGUAACUAUUAGUAUCUAAUAAUUAUAUAAUAAAUAGUUAUAGGUGAAUUUUCUAUAUCAGAGAAAUAAAGAACUGAGAAUUUUUAUCAUUAAGUGGCUUCAUAUCAUGUACUUUGACAAAUCUACUUUUGCUAAGGUCUUUCCUGUCCACUAUUUACUUCCUCUAGAGUACCUUUCAGCUACUCUGAUUCUAAAUCAAAAUUUAGUGAGAAAAAAUAACAUUGUUUAUAUUUCUGCCAAAUCUAUAAUAUCAUCCUUUAUAACUGGAUUCUCACGUUUCUGCAUUUUAUUUGUUGUAAUUUAUUGUUAGGAUUGAAGUAUAUGAAGAAAGUCCAAUCUCUCCCAGAUGUGUAGUUGGGAAAAGGAGAAGUAUUGUAAUAGUUUUUUUCAGAUCUUGUGGAUAUUCUUUGACAUGACACAGAAACUAAGGUACUUGUAGUUUCUUAAAAGCCAGUUGUAACUUCUAUUUCUAUCCAACAUAGCAAAAACAGGGACUGCAUGUACCCUUCCAGAUGAAACAACCAAACAAAAAACUACAUGGAAAAGUGGUUUUCAAGCCAAUAGAUUUAAGAAAAUGAGGAAGAUAACCCCUGAGAAUUUGGACACAAGCAAAUGGUCUUGCACUUUUCCAAUUUAAUGCUUUGAAAAAGCAUCCAGACUGAUUCCAGGGAGAAGAGAAGAGAGAAGAACCCAGUGGACUCCCUGAGUGAAGCAGUGGAGCUGAGAACCUAGGGAAAACUUGACAGAGUUCACAGGACACAGUACUAGUGAGGAGAGAACAUUAACUCCAGAGAUCUAUUAUAUAUUACGUUCAGUACCAGCUAGCACUUGUAAGUGAGGAAGCUGAGGCUGCAUGAAGCCAUCUGAAAGGACAAGAGGAAAUAUUGUCAGGGACUCAUUAUGGGUCUAGUAAAAGUGCCUGAUCUCAGCAGCCACAGGUCACUAGGUAACACUUGCCUCAGUAGCAGAGAAUAUUUAGUACUUGCCUGCACUGCUCUGAUCCAACCCAACAAAGCAUAAAACAAGAUCCAAAAAGAUCAAACCAUUUCCAAGGAACAUAACUGCAUCUCAGAACAAAGUUCAAAAAUACUGAAAGACAAAUCACAAUGGCUGUCAUUUGAUUAGGAUCACUAGGCAUGGAAAAAAGUGAGAAAACACAACUAAUAGUAACCAACUGAGAGUAACCAACCGAUUGAAAUCAACCUAGAUCUGAUACAUUACCUAGAUGAUGAUAUUAAAGCAAUUUUAACCACCAUGUGUGUUCAAAAGUUAUAGCAAGAUGUAAAACAAAAAGGCAAAAGGCAAAUUUCUAGGCAUGAAAACUAAUGCCUAAAGGGGGAAAUACACUAGAUGGGAUUGAUGGCAAAUGAAAUAUUGCAGAAGAAAAGUAUAGUGAUUAAUGAACUUGACCUAUCCAUAGAAGUUAUCCAAAAUGAAAAGGAGAAAGAAAAAGAAUUUGAAAAAAUUAGAAGAUCAGUAAAGUGAAUUGUGGAACAACUUUGGCCUGGUAGUAUCACUAGUCCCUGAGGGAAGGAGAGUCGAAGAGUACAAACAAAAAAUACUUGAAUAAUUCUCUAAAAAAUUCCAAAACUUAUAACUACUAACACAGAUCAAAUUCAGUGAACCCUAAGCACAAAGACAAGGAAAACUAACAAGUCACAUAAUAACCAGUGAUAAAUUCUUAAAGCAGACAAUGGAAAAAGAAUAGAGGAACAAAGAUAAAGAUAACAGAAGUCUCAUCAUAAACAAUAUAUGAGAAGAUAAUGGAGAAACAUCUUUAAAAUAAUGAAAAGAAAAAUAUCUAGAAUUCUAUACCCAGCAAAAAUAUCUUAAGAGUAGAGAUGAUAUAAAGUUUCCAGAUGUACAAAACCUGAUGCAGGCAGGCAGUUAUUGAUAGUAGAUGAAAAUGUGGAAUGAUGAAGACCAAAAUGGACAGGUUGAUAUAUUUGUUUUUUGUUUGGUCUCCUUAAAAGAUAACUGACCACUUAAAAAACAGUGUUGUUGGGUUUGUAAACAUAUGCAAAAAUAAAAUACAUGACAAUUGUAUGAAGACCAGUAGGAAAAUGAAAGUAGACAGUCCUUUCUGACAUGCAUGAGGUUUAGCAAUAUAACACUAACCCAUUAUUUUAACUUAUAACCUAGCUAGGAAAACUUCUACUCCUAGUUUUAUCACUAAUUGCCUAAAUAAAUUUAUUUGGAUAUCUGUUUACUUGCUGUGAAAAUGAAAGAGGUUAAAUUAGAUAUCUCAAGUUUCUAUGAUUCUAAGGGCUAUAGGUUCAUCUGAGUAGGAGAUACACAUAUUCAGUAGGAUUUAUGUUUGUGUCUAUUGUUAACAUAUACUGAAAAU